GAGGGGGAGUCAUGACGGCGGCGCACCGGAAGCGUUGCCGCGAGAUGCGGGUGGGAGCGGCCGAGACGUGUCUGUGAGGCGCUGCGGCCGCUUCUCCGGCGGCGCUCUGGGCUAGGAAGGCGCGGUUGGGUGCCUCCUCGCACACCCCUCGCCCGCCCAGCCGAGCAGCGUGGGGCGGCGGCGGCGGCGGCGAAGGCCAGGGCUGGGAGCGUUGGCGGCCGGGGUCCCAGCCAUGGCCGAGUCUGUGGAGCGGCUGCAGCAGCGCGUACGGGAGCUGGAGCAGGAACUCGCCCAGGAGAGAAGUCGGCGGGUCCUGGGGGGCGGCGAUGGAGGGGGCGGCCGGGCCCGCAUCGAGAAGAUGAGCCCAGAGGUGGUGGAUUCCAAUCCGUACAGCCGCCUGAUGGCAUUGAAGCGAAUGGGAAUUGUAAAUGACUAUGAGAAAAUCCGUACCUUUGCUGUAGCAAUAGUAGGUGUUGGUGGAGUUGGUAGUGUGACUGCUGAAAUGCUGACAAGAUGUGGCAUUGGUAAGUUGCUACUCUUUGACUAUGACAAGGUGGAACUGGCCAACAUGAAUAGACUUUUCUUCCAACCUCAUCAAGCAGGAUUAAGUAAAGUUCAAGCAGCAGAACAUACUUUGAGGAACAUUAAUCCUGAUGUUUUUUUUGAAGUACACAACUACAAUAUAACCACAGUGGAAAACUUUCAACAUUUCAUGGAUAGAAUAAGUAAUGGUGGGUUAGAAGAAGGAAAACCUGUUGAUCUGGUUCUUAGCUGUGUGGACAAUUUUGAAGCUCGCAUGACAAUAAAUACAGCUUGUAAUGAACUUGGACAAACAUGGAUGGAAUCUGGGGUCAGUGAAAAUGCGGUUUCAGGGCAUAUACAGCUCAUAAUUCCUGGAGAAUCUGCUUGUUUUGCGUGUGCUCCACCACUUGUAGUUGCUGCAAAUAUUGAUGAAAAAACUCUGAAACGAGAAGGUGUUUGUGCAGCCAGUCUUCCUACCACUAUGGGAGUAGUUGCUGGGAUCUUGGUACAAAACGUGUUAAAGUUUCUGUUAAAUUUCGGUACUGUUAGUUUUUACCUUGGAUACAAUGCAAUGCAAGAUUUUUUUCCUACUAUGUCCAUGAAGCCAAAUCCUCAGUGUGAUGACAGAAACUGCAGGAAGCAGCAGGAAGAAUAUAAGAAAAAGGUAGCAGCACUGCCCAAACAGGAGAUGGAAAAAGAAGAGGAAGAGAUAAUACAUGAAGAUAAUGAGUGGGGUAUUGAGCUGGUAUCAGAAGUUUCAGAAGAGGAACUAAAAAAUUCUUCAGGUCCAGUUCCUGACUUACCUGAAGGAAUCACAGUGGCCUAUACAAUUCCAAAAAAGCAAGAAGAUUCAAUACCUGAGGUAACAGUGGAAGAUUCUAGUGAAAGCUUAGAAGACCUCAUGACGAAGAUGAAGAAUAUGUAGAUAAUGGACUGGCAUAUAUUUUAUUUUCUGCGUUAAAUCUAUUCUCUUUAAAUAAAACAAAACAAAACUUAAAGCAGAUAAAACUUAGAGCAACAUUAAUUGAUAUACAAUCUUCACUGAAUUGUUGUACUUUUUGAAAAUAUUAUGUUACUUGUUGCUCCCCCCUCCAACUAAAUAAUUCUCCUAAAAUGUAUGUUUCAUUGUAGUAAGAAAACUUCAAAGGACUAUUGUAGGCAGUUAUAAAUCUUAUUGGAAACAUAGCCAUUGAAAUGCUUUUGUCUUUUUGAGGGAGUAGUAGUACCAACCUGAUCCUCUAUUUUUUCUUUCUAGUAAUCCCUUGUGGUCUGUUGCCUGAGAAUAUGGACAGUAAAGUGGUACAUGAUCCUCAAAUUUAGGGAGAAGGAUGAGAGGUACAACCUAUUGAUUAGAGCUAGAAAGAAUCUACUUAUUGUGUUUGGAAUUGCUCUCUACAAGAAAAUUGCCCACUACUAACUUGACCAACAGUGAAUUUAAAAUAGUCAACCUAUAAAAUAAAAAUAUCCUCUCAAAUAUUUCCUGAUGAAAUACAAGUCACUGGAAAAGUUUGUAAACUUGUGAUUUAUAUGUAUAUUCAAAAUAAGACAAAGGCAAAUGAAGCUGUCUUCAUGGAUAGACAGUUAAAAGUACUUUCAGAAGAACAGAUUAUACUCUGCACUGACCAAGAAACAGAAAUCAUUCUACCUAGACUAAGAUCACGUAGAUUAUACCUAUCAUAUGGGCUACUCCUGAAUACUUCAUUUAAAUUUGAUUGUCGAGGUAGUGAGAGAUUGGCAAGGUUUGUCCUGAAUAGUGGACAUAAAAGAGUUCUGAAUUGCCUUUCUAAUGACUGAAAUAUAUUCAUUAAAUAAACGAUGUAUCAUUUCCCCUUAUCAUGACCACUAAACUAUAAAUUGAUAUAAACUGGGUUUUUCUGGAACUGCAUACAAAUAAUGAAGGCUUAAAGAACCUUGGCUGACAUACAUUUCCAAUGUAUUGGAGACCAAUAAAUAACAUGCAAGUAUAACCUUUA